AUGCAACUCUAUAUCAAUCUUGUCUUAGAGAUCGAAUUUGCUCGCCUACAUCGCAUCGCGCCGCCAACACCUCUGAAGCCUAUCCUCAACGUCGUCGUCACCGACGGUGUUCGUCGACAAGAGCACACGCGUGAUCUGUCAAGGAAUUACCAUAAAGAAUGGGACGUUUCACACGGAGCAAGCAAUCGAGUACGAAACGAAUAUAGUUGUGGUGUUACUCCGAAGAAAGGCGAAACCGAACAUUUAGAACUUCUGGUUUUCAAUUCUGGUUUUCUACAGGGUGUAAAUAAUAAGAAGCUACGGGGUUUCAUAAAGUCUUUGAAAGCACUGCAACCUAGUUCCAAUGCUAGAAGCAAUUAUACUGGUGCCAAACCCUUAUUUCCCAAACAUUUCCCAAACAGUAGAAAAAUUACAACUCCAUUUUCCCCUGUUCGUGUUUCCGAUUCUGGUCGCUUCCGAUUCCGAUUCCGUCUUCCUCAACCCCGCCCGAUUCCGAUUGCCACCGCGACUGCCUUAUGCCCGCCCGAUUCCGAUUCGGUAAUAUUCUUUGACCGCCGUUUCGGCCGCCGUUUCUGGUCUUCCUCUUCGACCGCCGUUUCCGGUCGUCCUCUUCGACCGCGGUGGUUUCCAUACAAGUCUUUGGAUCUAUCUGAAGAUAUCGUAGAAGAUGAUGAAGAGGAGUUCAUUAAAGGCUUCUCUCAGAGUCUCACACUUAGUAUACAGAUUGAGUUGGAAAAAUAUAGAGAUAAUGAUUCGGCUGUCUUUGAAGCAAUGAAUAUAGGAUUGAACAAGAACCUGGCAUUGAAAUAA